UCCGUUACCGCUUCCCUGGCAGCCGCCAUUGUCGCGCUCGGCGCCCUUAGCGCAGGCGGUGGAGGCGGACGCAGCGGCGUUGGGAUGGCGGACGCCGACAAGCCCGAGGUGCCCGGGGCGGCUGGCGACGACAGCCCGCAGCAGAAGCCUGCGGAGACACCGGGCGAGCCGCGGCGAGAACUGCACUCGCCGGAGCCGGAGAAGCAGCAGCCCCACAGCAGCAGCUCCAAUGGCGUUAAAAUGGAGAAUGAUGAAUCAGUAAAAGAAGAGAAAUCUGACUUGAAAGAAAAGUCUACAGGAAAUAAGAAGGCAAAUAGAUUCCAUCCUUAUUCAAAAGACAAGAAUUCAGGCACUGGAGAAAAGAAGGGUCCAAAUCGUAACAGAGUUUUCAUUAGCAACAUCCCAUAUGACAUGAAAUGGCAAGCUAUUAAAGAUCUCAUGAGAGAAAAAGUUGGUGAGGUUACAUACGUGGAGCUCUUUAAGGAUGCGGAAGGAAAAUCAAGGGGUUGUGGUGUGGUUGAAUUCAAAGAUGAAGAAUUUGUAAAGAAGGCACUAGAAACUAUGAACAAAUAUGAUCUUAGUGGAAGACCUCUGAAUAUUAAAGAGGAUCCUGAUGGAGAAAAUGCUCGUAGGGCAUUGCAACGGACAGGAGGAUCAUUUCCAGGAGGCCAUGUCCCCGAUAUAGGAUCGGGGUUGAUGAAUUUACCACCAUCCAUUCUCAAUAAUCCAAAUAUUCCUCCUGAGGUUAUCAGUAAUUUGCAGGCUGGUAGACUUGGUUCCACAAUUUUUGUUGCUAAUCUUGACUUCAAAGUUGGUUGGAAGAAGCUCAAGGAGGUGUUCAGCAUAGCUGGAACUGUAAAGCGGGCAGAUAUUAAAGAAGACAAAGAUGGCAAGAGCAGAGGAAUGGGCACAGUCACUUUUGAACAAGCAAUUGAGGCAGUUCAAGCAAUUUCUAUGUUCAAUGGGCAGUUUUUAUUUGAUAGACCAAUGCAUGUGAAAAUGGAUGACAAGUCUGUUCCUCACGAAGACUACCGGUCUCAUGAUAGUAAGGCACCACAAUUACCACGUGGUCUUGGAGGCAUUGGAAUGGGACUUGGUCCAGGUGGACAGCCUAUUAGUGCCAGUCAGUUGAACAUAGGUGGUGUAAUGGGAAAUAUAGGUCCGAGUGGAAUUGGGUUUGGUGGCCUGGAAGCAAUGAAUAGCAUGGGAGGAUUUGGAGGAGUUGGUCGAAUGGGAGAGCUAUACCGUGGUGCAGUGACUAGUAGCAUGGAGAGAGAUUUUGGACGUGGUGAUAUUGGAAUCAGUCGCAGCUUUGGAGAUUCCUUUGGUAGACUUGGCAGUGCAAUGAUUGGAGGGUUUGCAGGAAGAAUAGGAGCUUCUAACAUGGGUCCAGUAGGAUCUGGAAUAAGUGGUGGAAUGAGUAGCAUGAACAGUGUGACUGGAGGACUAGGGAUGGGCCUGGACCGGGUGAGCUCCAGCUUUGAUAGAGUGGGACCUGGCAUAGGAGCUGUACUGGAAAGGAGCAUCGAUAUGGAGCGAGGAUUUUUAUCAGGUCCAGUGGGAAGCGGAAUGAGAGACAGAAUAGGCUCCAAAGGCAACCAGAUAUUUGUCAGAAACCUGCCUUUUGACUUGACUUGGCAGAAACUAAAAGAGAAAUUCAGUCAGUGUGGUCAUGUCAUGUUUGCAGAAAUAAAAAUGGAGAAUGGGAAGUCAAAAGGCUGUGGAACUGUCAGAUUUGACUCCCCAGAAUCAGCUGAAAAAGCCUGCAGGAUAAUGAAUGGCAUAAAAAUCAGUGGCAGAGAAAUCGAUGUUCGCUUAGAUCGUAAUGCAUAAUUUCAAACCACGGUUAGAACAUUCCUACAUCUGUUUUGCUGAAUCUCCUAGUAAAAGUCAUUUUUUUAGUAAUACUGUAUGCUUACAAAAGCUGUAAAAAUGAACUUUUAAAAUUCCCACCAGCUUUUAACAGUAUAGUGUUAAAAAUAUACUGUGAUUUUUGUUAAUCUCAAGUUUGGGUUUUUAAAGACAGAGGGUCUGGUCAUUCAAUUUAAAUGAAUGGUUAUACUGUUUUUAAUCAAAUAAGCCAUUUCCUUGUUGUUAUUUUCAGUACCACAUAGUGGGUUUCAUUUGUUCAAGUUUCCCUUGCUUUUAUCAACUUACUGUAAGAUAAAACAUAGACGGUUUUUUCA